UUUUGGAUGGAUACAAUACAUUGUUAUGGAAGCAUAAAUGACAAAACUGAAGCUGUAUUGCUCGAAGGAGCUCACAACCUUCUAGAUCCACCAGUUAUUGCAAUUGGUACACACAAGGACAAAUUUCAGGACGAAGAACAAUGCAGAAAACGUCUCGAAUCCUACACUGAUAAAAUAUUUAAAGAUUCCAAGCGUCACCUCAGAUCAAUUCACCUGAUAUCCAACACAGAGGAUGAAGAAGAUGCUUUUGGAAAAUUGAGAAAUAAUAUAUUUGCCACAGCAAAGAGUAGCGCAAAUUGGAAUCGAGAAUACCCUGUUAAAUUUAUUCAGAUGGAAAAAGCCAUCAACUCUGAACUAACGAUCGGAAAACAAAUAAUUUCUUUUGAAAGAGUAAAAGAACUAGGUGAGAAAAUACCACUUCCGAUAACUGAUGACAAGGAGCUUCAUCUCUUUCUCAGGUAUCAACAUGAAAUUGGUAACAUGAUAUUUUUUGAAGACAUUCCGUCAUACAUCAUACUUGAUCCCCAAUGGUUAGCAAAUGCCUUUACAUGCAUUGUUACAGCCCAGCAGUUUCAACUGGAAUUACCACACUUACAAUAGAACAACUUCAAACAAACAGGUA